AUGAGAAAAAACGGGGUGGCUAAGAUAGCCAAGGCAGCAGCAGGCUCAGACGCCAGUCCACCAGUGAAAUCAGGCCGAUCUGGAUGUGUUCAUACGAGAGAAGAGAUUCGAACGAAAAAGUCAGUGAUCCUGCGGUCAUACGAGCUGGCGGUUCGACUUUCUCUAGCAGGUGGUGGUCUUUUUGGCGAAAAUAAUAGAACUAGUGAUAGGAGCCAUGGGAUCAAUAAUGGCAAUGACAAUGGUAAUAGAAGCGAAGGUUCUAUGUCACCGUCACCAUCAUCGCCUUCAAAACCUCCUCCAAGGAAACGGCCAAGAAAAGGAGAAACCGGUUCUGGGAACCGAGGAUCGAGUAUCAAUGGCAGUGACGGGGCCAACAGAUUCAACCCCAAAUGUGGAACAUGUAAUAAAUCAGGACCACUGUUUCUCUGUUUGGAAUGUUCAUUUACGGGGUGUAUCGAUCAUGUUAGAGAUCCUCAUAACCAGAAAACAGGUCAUAAACUGGGGGUGGAUAUUUCUACUAGAGACGGGUUUCUGUACUGUUUUGCAUGCGCUGAUUACGUUAUCGACGAUGACUUUGAACAAGUGAGGGUGAAAAAGAUCCAGCAGGUGUUUUCAAUAUCAGAUGCGACUUCAGAGGAUCCUCCCCCGAUAGAAGUGAAAUCGGUGCUAGAUGAAGACGACGAAGCCGGCUCGAACCAGUCAGGUCGGGUCAAACGGCAGACUGACGACUACGACAACGAUUAUGAUGCAUCCGACAAUAACCACAAACCAAGCAAAGACGAUAAAAACAGCAUAGGACGAGUAACAACAUCUUCAAAUGGAUUGAAACCGGGUGAAUCAGUGAUACCCAGUUUCCAAGCGACUACAGCACUCAAGGGGUUCUAUAACAUGGGAGCCACCUGUUUCAUGUCGGUGAUCCUGCAAUCACUCAUCCACAACCCUCUAGUACGGAAUUUCUUUCUUGCUGGAGGUCAUGACAGCGACGAAUGCGAACAGCCCAACUGUCUAGCGUGCUGUGUCGACCAGGUAUUUGCCGACUUUUUCGCCAACAGCAGUGUUCAAGGAUUCGGUAUGACUGCCAUACUAACAGCAUCUUUCAACCUCAAAAAGUCGCUGGCAGGAGCAUCAGAACAAGACGCUCAUGAGUUUCUACAGUUUAUUCUCGACGAAUUCCACAAAACGCAUUUCCAAGGAAAAGUGUUUGACAGUGUGACUGAAACAUGUCGGAAGCAUCCUCUACAUAUUAAACAAGAACAAGACCUCGAAACCAACGAAAGAGACAGGACUAGCACACCAACAAAUGGCGACGAGACCUGUCAGUGUGUGAGCCACCGGACAUUCUACGGACAAUUAGAAAGCUGUAUCCGGUGUCAAACCUGCGGGAACGUGACAGCCACAGUCGACCCGAUGAUGGACCUAUCACUAGAAAUCAAGGCAUUACCGAAGAAAUCGAAACGAACAAUCACUCUGAACGACUGUUUAGACCGAUUCACAGGAUCCGAGAAGCUCGACUCGACGUAUUUCUGCAGUCGCUGCGACACAAGACGCAUCGCCGACAAGCAGAUGUUCGUCAAACGACUUCCAACCGUCCUAUCCAUCCAGCUCAAGGUAAGCAAGAUAAGCAUCCGGUUCUGUCAUACACAUUUAUUACAAAUAACUAACACCAUUACAGAGGUUCGAGCACGCGAAGAUGUCGGCCAAAAUCGAAACUCGCGUCGAGUUCCCGCUGUUCCUGGACAUGAGCAAAUACACCAGCACUGGCUUGAAAGACUCGUGCCUGUCUUACGAGCUGUUCGGCGUGGUGUGUCACCAGGGCAGCAUCAACACUGGCCACUACACCUGUCUCAUGAAAACCCGCUACGGAAGUGUAAGUAA